AUGGCAUCAACAGCUGGUAAAUCACUCAGAAAAUUCCCGACAUUUUUCGGACAGGCAGAACGUUCCAAGGUUGUUAUCUUCAACACUCCGCUCUUCAACACUCCACUCUUCAACACCCCACUCUUCAACACUCCAGUCUUCAACACUCCGCUCUUCAACACUCCACUCUUCAACACCCCACUCUUCAACACUCCACUCUUCAACACUCCACUCUUCAACACUCCACUCUUCAACACUCCAGUCUUCAACACUCCACUCUUCAACACUCCACUCUUCAACACCCCACUCUUCAACACUCCAGUCUUCAACACUCCGCUCUUCAACACUCCACUCUUCAACACUCCACUCUUCAACACCCCACUCUUCAACACCCCACUCUUCAACACCCCACUCUUCAACACUCCACUCUUCAACACUCCACUUGGCUGA